UCUUCCACUUUUGUCCAGAUACAAUUAAGCCACAUAAACUAAUAUAGUAUGUUGGAUACAUCAAGAAGAUGAUAAAUAUAAACACAUAAGCAAGUAGUAGAAAUACAUAGAGAGAGAGAGGGAGAGAGAGAGGGAGGGAGAGAAGAAACGGAAAACAAAGUAAAAGAGAAACUGCGCUAAUAAUUAAAGAGGGAGGGAAUGGGGUUGGACUGGGGACCGGUGCUGAUGUCGGUUAUAUUCUUCAUCCUGUUGAGCCCUGGAGUUCUGUUUCAGCUGCCCGGAAAGAGCAAAGCUGUUGAGUUCGGUCGGUUUCAGACAAGCGGCCCAUCCAUUGUCAUCCACACUCUCCUCUUCUUUGCCUUCAUCACCAUCUCUCUUGUCGCCCUUCACAUCCACAUCUACGCCGGCUAGCCUUUGCUGUCAACGAGCUGCACCUAAAUCCUAGCUAUAUAAUGGUCAAUCUUCUUCAUCUAAGCUAAUAACAGUCGUCAGUCGUCUCUCACAAUGGUCCAGCUU